AUGCCGUCUCAAAAGCCAGAACUGCCUCCACUGAAGACACCAAAGUCUUUCACAUUCCCCUCCGAGAUCCAAGACGACCCAAAAUCUUGUUGUAUCGACAUCAAACGUGAGGACAGUGGCGAUAGCUCCAUCCCCACACCCGAUGCGUAUAAAAAGUUCCUCGAGGCCCUCUCGCCUGCAUAUGCCAGUCCACUGAGCUCUGAUGGAAGUCAUUCGAGAUUCAUGUUUGACAAGGAAGUUCCUCUGCAAGCCUCACAGCCUUGUUCGGCGACGACUCCGGCCUUUUCGUCCGGCGCCACUCUGAAAUCUCCAGCGUUCUCACUUCCUCCAGUCUCUCCAUGCACGACAAAAUCUCCAAAGUCCCCACAUGCGCUUCGACGCCUGCGAAUUCCACACGCAAUCAAGACAUCUUUGAAAGAUUUACCGCGGACUGCUACGCCCCUUAGUGCGACGCCCAGGAGUGCGACCAUUCUACGCUCCCCAUUCUCGCCCUCAACUUGGAAAAUGCGAUACUUUGAGACGCCGCGGAGCGCCACCCCCAGGAGUGCGACCAGCGCUAAAGCUGUCAGUGUCAGACAAGUUGUGACUCGCACGGUCACGUACAAGCGUACACCCUUGGAGCCUCCCCCGAAGGGCAAGCGCCGCAGAACCCAGGAUUGCAAGGAGUCCUGA